UGCCAACUGUUUGUUUUCUCCUCUAUAAAAGAGAGAAAAGAAGAGAAAAAGUCACCGAUCACCCAACUCAACCACCAUCUGCUUCCUCCUCCUCCUCCUCAAACUUGAUCUCUUAACUUAUUCUCUCAUCAGUGAUGUCAUCAAUCUUGAGUUCUCAAGGCAUGGUCUUGGCCACCGCCAUGGCUGCAGUCUCCGGCACUGUUAUUCUCCUCGCUUUUCGUCUCCAAAAAUCUUUCCCACCUUCCCAGUUGUCAAUCACGGUCAACAGCCUUCAUCCUCCAUGCCAGUCCCCUCAACCCCUCCCACGAUCUUGCAUCUCCUCUGCUUCUUCUUCAGAUGGGAAGAAGAAAAAUAAAAAGAAGAAAAGGGUGCAUUUUGCUGCGGACGUGGUGGACCCAAUUGGCAACAGCGAUGAGUACAGGAAGAAGUUGCCCUUGCAGCACAAUUAUAGUUCAAGUUCCCACAACAGAGCUGCAGAAUCAUUAUCCUCAUCGUCUUCUUCUUCUUCAUCCGCAGCAUUCAAAGGUGGGAAAGUGCAGGGAAUGCCAGCAAACAGGGUAGCUUUAUACAGUGGGAUUCUCAGGGACCGUGUUCUUCUCCGCACCACGUAUUCCUAUUGAACUAGCUCUAAUUGCCUCUAGUAAUUAUACCUUUAAUCUGUACAUAGUUUUAAUUUUUUUUUCUCUUGCAAUUUUUAUUUGGGUAUGUCCCUUUCUAGUUGUUAAUUACUACUAAUAUAUUUGGCAAAAAAAAAAAAAUGCUGAUUAUUGUUGCCAAGAAGUAUGGAAACGAAAGAGAAAAUGAUGGCACAUGGCGGUCUAUGUUACAGAUUGCAUGUUGCGUGAGAGUUUAGUCUCCCUCCUAAUGGUAGGAUGUCAAAAUCUGGAAUGGGAGCCUCCUGUUGUACUUGUACAUACAUGCAUGAUUCCUCUAGUACUGGCUUAAAUUGAAUUUAGAUUUCCAAUUUUGUA